AUGGAUGAAGCUGGAAAGAAAAGAAGGUUGGAUAUCCAAGAGCUAGAAGAAAUUCAGAACGAUGCUUAUGAGAAUGAAGUGAUUUACAAGGAGAAGACGAAGUCUUCUCACGAAAAAUGCUCUCAUGAAAGGUCUCGUUGGAUGGGGCCUUUUGUUGUUACUAACGUGUUUGAUCAUGGUGCCAUAGAGAUUAUAAGUGAAAAAAUAGGAAAAAAUUUCAAGGUUAAUAGUCAGUUGCUCAAAGCUUUUUAUGAAGGUUUUCAAGUCAUGAACGAAAAUGUGGAGCUUGUAGAGGUCCCGAAUUACUGCAAAUGA